CUUAUAUCAUAUCCACCACGUCCUUUUCCCUUUCCUUCCACAAAUACACUUGACAUACACACCAUCUCGCAUCAGUUCGCAUCAACCUUUCUUCGGCCCUUCUUUCAGCCCAUCAUGUCUCGAAGAAACAUCAGCUCAGGUUCUGCCUUUGAGGCACAAAUCGGCUACUCCCGUGCAGUGGUCUCGGGCGAUCUCAUCUUCGUGUCUGGAACCACGGGCUACAACUAUGCAACAGGCGUCAUAUCCCCCAACAUUGUUGAGCAGGCGGAGCAGACAAUGGAGAACAUCGCCGCCGCCCUCGCCGAGGCCGGCGCCGAGAUCAAGGACGUGGUGCGCGUCCGCUACAUCCUCCCCGACCGCAACGACUUUCAAAAGACCUGGCCGGUGCUUCAAAAGUACUUUGGCGAGGUCCGCCCCGCAGCCACCAUGAUCCAGGCGGCGUUGAUGGAGGAUGUGAUGAAGAUUGAGAUUGAGGUCACGGCCAAGAAGGAGACUGCCAGUUCAUAGUGGAAGCACUGCACUGGAAAAUGAGGAGUCUAGAACUCGUUUGAGAAGGUGAGGUCGUCUGGUGGCUUCUAGUCUCGUGGGGAGCCUCGAUACCAAAAUGCUUUGGGCGGGACGACUUGGGUGUGAAGAAAACAGCCAGGUAGUGAAAUAUCUUCAUGAGCGAGAUGUAUGAGCAGAUUGAAUUGAGCCGUCGCUUGGCCAGUAUAUUUUACCCAAGCAAGGAAGUAGCUUGACCCAUUUCCAAGAGCCUAUGAUCACCUUCACAAUAGACAAAACGACCUUGACGUGAUGCCACCGUGCCUUUAGCAUAACAUCAAGAUGUAACCUG